AUGGCAUUCCAAGGUACUUAUACAUUAUUCACUCCUUCGCAUGCGAACCACUGUGACUCACAACCUGCAGACAUGGAUCUCUUUGACGAAUUCACCGCCUUCGAGGGUGGGGCCUCGGCGAAUAACAACUUCAACCACCACGGAUCGGCUUACUCUUCUCCUGCAGUACCAACCAUCUACGAUCCGCAAAUGAACUUGUCAUCCUCUAGCUCCAUCAACAUGGGUACCGUUUCGCCUCAAGAUCUACUUCGCUCGCCUUUUGCUGGGUCACAACCUCCUUCCACAUCCUUCACGAAUUUGACUUCACCUUCCACAUAUAACGAAUCUCCAGAAUAUGACGAGAGUUUUGAAGCGUCUCCGUUUGUUCAGAGCGACAACGCAGUAAGUGGUGUGGAUCCAUGGUUCCCUCUUUUCCCUGCAGACGAGACCACCGUCGAACAACCAAAGUCAGAGGAUUCGCCUUUACUGCCUGAAGAGGAAUUACAAGUUGCAUCUCAUCUUCGAUCUGCUUCUGGAGGUCGUCGACGAUCUGGCACUGGAACAUCGCCCACUGGAACGCAUGCCUCUAUCGCUGGUAUCAACGCACGCAAACGGGAUAAGCCUCUUCCGCCUAUCGUUGUUGAAGAUCCCAACGACACUGUCGCAAUGAAGCGUGCUCGCAACACUCUUGCCGCACGUAAGUCUCGUCAACGAAAGAUGCAAAAGUUUGAGGAACUGGAAGACCGAAUCGCAAAUCUAGAAGCAGAACGUGAUCAUUGGAAGGAUGUUGCUUUACGGAGAACAACUGGACAAUCAGGCUGA